UGCCAGCUGGCUGCGGGGGCGACUGGACAACAGAGAUAGCGAAAAUGGGCAACACGGACACUAAAUUGAACUUUCGCAAGGCCGUCGUACAGCUCACAUCAAAAACUCAGCCGAUUGAAGCGUCGGACGAUUCGUUCUGGAACCAGUUCUGGAGCGAGAACCUGAACAGCGUGCAGGACGUUUUCACCCUGGUGCCGGCGGCCGAGAUCCGAGCGUUGCGGGAAGAGGCGCCGCAGAAUUUGGCAACCCUUUGCUACAAGGCCGUGGAGCGACUGAUCGGCGCCGUCGACUCGAGCUGCCGCACCCAGAAGGACCACGAAACCGUUUUGAACUGUGUCCGCCUGCUGACGCGCAUCCUGCCGUACAUCUUCGAGGACCCGGACUGGCGCGGCUUCUUCUGGACCAGCCUGCCCUCGGACAAGGGCCCAAACUAUGAAAACGAACAUGCCACCCCCUUGGCGCACUCCCUUCUCAACGCUAUUUGUGAUUUGCAAUUUUGUCCGGACUUCACGGUGUCGGCCAGCAGAAAAUCCGGUCCAGACAAGGCGGAAGAUUUAAAUGCCAUCGACAGCUGCGAAUUCAUUUGGGAAAGUGGCGUCGGGGCGGCGCUGUCGCUUCCGCACAACCCGACUCACGACUCGCACCGGACCGAGCUUCUCAAGCUUCUGCUCACUUGCUUCAGUGAGACCAUGUAUUACGAGCCUUCAGACAGUGGCACAGGCCAAGUAAAUCGCUGGGUUUCGCACUUCACAUCUCCCGAGAACCGACACGCCCUGCCGAUCUUCACCUCGCUGCUGAACGUUUGCUGCAGCUACGAUCCAGUCGGUCUGGGUCUGGUUCCGUACAACCACCUCAUAUUCACGGACUCGCGUGAGCCGCUGGUCGAGACGGCGCUCCAAAUUCUGAUUGCCACCCUGGACCACGAAGGCCUGCCCAACUCAAGCGCCAAUGCUGACCCGUCCCAGCAGAACGUCAGCCAGGACAACUUGUUCAUCAACUAUUUGUCGCGCAUCCACCGUGACGAGGACUUCGGCUUUGUCCUCCGCGGCUUCACUCGGCUGCUCAACAACCCGCUGGCGCAGACUUACUUGCCCAACUCGACCAAGAAGGUUUCUUUCCAUCAAGAGCUGCUCAUCUUUUUCUGGAAAUUCUGCGACUACAACAAGAAAUUCCUCUACUUUGUCCUUAAAAGCAGCGACGUUCUGGAAAUUCUGGUGCCCAUUUUGUUCCACCUGAAUGAUUCCAGGGCUGACCAAUCUCGAGUCGGUCUGAUGCACAUCGGAGUUUUUAUUCUGCUCCUUUUGAGUGGCGAAAGGAAUUUCGGAGUCAGGCUGAAUAAACCGUACACGGCGACCAUCCCAAUGGACAUUCCAGUAUUCACAGGCACUCACGCCGAUCUCCUGAUCACGGUUUUCCACAAGAUCAUCACCACCGGCCAUCAGAGGCUCCAGCCACUUUUCGAUUGUCUUUUGACAAUUCUCGUAAAUGUUUCUCCAUAUCUGAAGACGUUGUCGAUGGUGGCCAGCACAAAAUUGCUGCACCUCUUGGAGGCAUUCAGCACCCCCUGGUUCUUAUUUUCCGCCCCGACGAACCACCACCUGGUCUUCUUCCUUUUGGAAAUUUUCAACAACAUAAUCCAGUACCAAUUUGACGGCAAUUCGAACCUGGUCUACACCAUCAUUCGCAAGCGGCAGGUUUUCCACUCGCUGGCCAAUCUUCCGUCAGACUACGGCACCAUCAGCCGCUCACUCACCAGGCGCUCGAUGCAUGGCAAGUCGAGACCCACGGCCAGCAGCCGCCCGACGACACCAACCUUGCCCACGCCUCCGCCAAUCCCACCCGAGGACAAAGCGAGUUCCUCUGCCGAAGCCGACCAGGUGCGGGCGGAGGAGGAAGAGGCCAUGGAAGGCUCUCGUCCAGCCAUGCCGGCCGAGCCGGGCACUCUGAAGGCCACCUUGCCAGCCAUUCCAGCAAUCGACAAAAUCACCGAACGCGAGUCCGCACAUCCCUCUUCUCGUCAGCUCAACGAACUUACGAUUGGCUCGUUGACCAGUCCCGAAAGCGAGGUGGCUUCGUCACUGAGCAGGGCUGCUGCUGAAACCGCCCUUCUUCAAAUCAAAGAGGAAGACGAGGGUGAGGCUCCUUCUCUGCAGCGAACCAGAAAAACUAGUCCCACAAGCAGCGAGGCUGGCUCGUCCACCAGCUUGAAGAGAGCCCAGUCCUUGCGGCGCAGCUUGCAACUGACUGAAGGCAGUUCUUCUCCAACACAGGGUUCUUCUUCUUCUUCUUCGCAGCAACAGCAACAGUGGAUUCCGACCUCGGACUGGGUGCAGAGCUGGAAGGGCAAAUUGCCUCUGCAGACCAUCAUGCGCCUGCUGCAGGUGCUCGUUCCGCAGGUCGAGAAAAUUUGCAUCGACAAGGGUUUGACCGACGAGAGUGAGAUUCUCAAGUUCUUGCAGCACGGCACUUUGGUUGGUUUGCUUCCGGUGCCUCACCCCAUCCUGAUCAGAAAGUAUCAGGCCAAUUUGGGCACAACCAGCUGGUUCCGCACUUACAUGUGGGGCGUUAUUUAUCUGAGGAACGUCGACCCGCCUAUUUGGUACAACACGGACGUCAAGCUAUUUGAAAUACAGAGAGUGUAGAUUGCAAAUAUACAAUUAUUCAAAAGUAAUUAUUAAAAUAAUCAAAGUAGGUGACAAAUAUUAUAUUUAUUUACACUUAAAACUGUUAGAGUUAGUUAGAAGAUCGACGUUGUGUGUGAUACUCUGUGACUUAAUUAUCAUUUCCGUGACAAUAUUAACAAAAAACUAUUCAUUCUGCAUACUGCAUUUAUAUAUCAUUUUGGGUUUGUGCAUUAAAAAUCGGAUCUCUGUGUGAUUUUAAUUUAUGUAAAUAUAUUAAAUUUUGUUGACCAAAAAUAUAUCAUGCUUAUAUGACUAUGAGGA